AUGAAGAUGUGGCCGUGGAUGAGGGACCUCCCAACUUGUUUGUGGGCUGGUCGUGGCUGGGCCUUCGAUGAGAAUGGUCUACGGCGCUUGUCCACAAGCGGCGGCAGCGGUGCCAUGGAAGGUGUCGAAGUUUGGGACUCAGUUGGCCAAGCACCCGAAGAGGUGAAGCCAAUGGAAGAGAUCGUCAAAGAAGCCACGGCUGCAGCCACGGCAGGUAGCUCUUCAGAAGUCCCUGCGACAUCAGAGAAACCAACUCGCUUCCAGAGGCACAACUCGGGGAAGCAGAGUGGGGUUCCAAAUCUGAAGUGGAGCAAGAGUUGCUGGGCCUGGCAGGUCAGCUUCCCAACCUUUGACGAGAAGGGUAAGAGAACUGGCCACACAGGUCGGAUGUUCUCCCUCAGCAAGUUCAUGAAGGAGGGCCUCACCGAGGACGAAGCCGAUGCCGCCGCGCUGGAGGCGGCCAAGGCCUUCCGGGCCGAGCUGGUGAAGCAGGGCGUUCUCAAGGAGCCGAAGCCCGUGGAUCCCAACUUCACCAGCGAGGUGCCGGGGGUGAACUGGAACAAGAGGGACAAAAAGUGGCAAGUGCAGCUCGGAGCAAAAGCGAAGAAGAGGAUUGGAGGCGGCUGCUUCACCGACAAGGCCGCCGCCGAGUCCAAGGCCUUGGAGCUCGCGAAGCUGCACGGCUUGGACCGCAAGGUGACGGCUGUGGGGAGCAUCGCAGACAGACUGGCAGGGCUGCCGGUCUUCGAGGCGAAGGUGCCCUACCCCGGGGUGACCUGGGACCAAGGCGAGCAGCAGUGGCAUGCCCAGUGCCAAAUCAACGGCAAAACGCGGCAUUUUCGUGUGAAGCCAAAGGACCACAGCGAGGCCGAGCUCGAGGCGUCCCACAAGAAGGCCGUGGCCUGGAAGAAGAAGCAGGAGAAGGAGAAGGAGAAAGCCGCCAAAUAG